GCGGGCGCUGAUUGGCUGCGGCGGCCGCGAGCGACGGCAGUGGUGUCCGAGCGGGCGAGAGAGAGAGCGAGGAGGUUCUGCCUUGUCUCGGCUCCAGCCUCGACCACCACGGCUUUAAAGGUUUAAAUUAGCAUCAUGGCUCAUUCCAAGACAAGAGCCAAUGAUGGAAAAAUCACCUAUCCCCCAGGAGUUAAAGAAAUAUCUGAUAAGAUUUCUAAAGAAGAAAUGGUGCGGCGGUUAAAAAUGGUUGUAAAAACCUUCAUGGAUAUGGACCAGGACUCUGAAGAAGAAAAGGAGCUGUAUCUAAAUCUUGCUUUACAUCUUGCUUCUGAUUUUUUUCUAAAACAUCCUGAUAAAGAUGUGCGUUUACUUGUAGCAUGUUGUCUUGCUGAUAUUUUUAGAAUAUAUGCUCCGGAAGCACCAUAUACUUCACCAGAUAAACUUAAGGAUAUAUUUAUGUUCAUAACAAGACAGUUGAAGGGGCUGGAAGAUACAAAAAGUCCACAGUUCAAUAGAUACUUUUAUUUAUUGGAGAAUAUUGCAUGGGUUAAAUCUUACAACAUAUGCUUUGAAUUAGAAGAUAGCAAUGAAAUUUUCACGCAGUUGUACAGAACGUUAUUUUCUGUAAUCAACAAUGGGCAUAAUCAAAAGGUUCAUAUGCACAUGGUGGAUUUGAUGAGCUCCAUUAUUUGUGAAGGUGAUACAGUAUCUCAGGAGCUUUUGGAUACAGUUUUAGUUAACCUAGUGCCUGCACAUAAGAACUUAAACAAGCAAGCAUAUGACUUGGCAAAGGCUUUAUUGAAGAGAACAGCCCAAGCUAUAGAGCCAUACAUUACUAAUUUCUUUAAUCAAGUACUUAUGUUAGGAAAAACUUCUAUCAGUGAUCUCUCCGAGCAUGUUUUUGACUUAAUUCUGGAGCUGUAUAAUAUUGAUAGCCAUCUUUUACUCUCAGUUUUGCCACAGCUUGAAUUUAAACUUAAGAGUAAUGAUAAUGAAGAACGCUUGCAGGUUGUCAAAUUAUUAGCAAAAAUGUUUGGGGCAAAGGACUCAGAAUUGGCAGCACAAAACAAACCACUUUGGCAAUGUUACUUGGGGAGGUUUAAUGAUAUCCAUGUACCUAUCCGCCUCGAAUGUGUGAAAUUUGCCAGUCACUGCCUUAUGAACCAUCCAGAUCUUGCAAAAGAUUUAACAGAAUAUCUUAAAGUGAGAUCUCAUGACCCUGAAGAAGCUAUUAGGCAUGAUGUUAUUGUAUCAAUAGUUACUGCUGCUAAGAAAGAUCUCUUGCUUGUCAAUGAUCACCUGCUUAACUUUGUGAGGGAGCGAACACUUGACAAACGAUGGAGAGUGAGAAAAGAAGCUAUGAUGGGACUUGCACAAAUAUACAAGAAGUAUUCCUUGCAGUCAGAAGCUGGAAAAGAAGCUUCAAAACAGAUUGCUUGGAUAAAGGACAAGCUGUUGCAUAUAUAUUAUCAAAACAGUAUUGAUGAUCGGUUGCUGGUGGAACGCAUCUUUGCUCAGUACAUGGUCCCUCACAAUUUGGAAACAAAUGAAAGAAUGAAAUGCUUGUAUUACCUUUAUGCAACCCUGGAUUUAAAUGCUGUAAAGGCACUGAACGAAAUGUGGAAGUGUCAAAACCUUCUGCGGCACCAAGUCAAGGAUUUGGUUGAUUUAAUAAAGCAACCCAAAACAGAUGCUAGCAGUAAAGCUAUUUUUUCAAAAGUGAUGGUGAUAACAAGAAAUUUGCCAGAUCCUGGCAAAGCACAGGAUUUCAUGAAGAAAUUUACUCAAGUUCUGGAAGAUGACGACAAAAUACGGCACCAGCUGGAAAUGCUUGUUAGCCCAACUUGUUCAUGCAAACAAGCUGAAGGAUGUGUGCGAGAAAUUACAAAGAAGUUAGGAAAUCCUAAGCAACCUACAAACCCAUUCUUGGAAAUGAUAAAGUUCCUUCUGGAGCGGAUAGCACCUGUGCAUAUUGAUACAGAAUCUAUCAGUGCUCUCAUUAAACAAGUGAACAAAUCUAUAGAUGGAACAGCAGAUGAUGAAGAUGAAGGUGUACCUACUGAUCUGGCAAUUAGAGCAGGUCUUGAAUUGCUUAAGGUCCUUUCGUUUACACACCCUAUCUCGUUCCAUUCAGCUGAAACUUUUGAAUCCCUUCUGGCUUGUCUAAAAAUGGAUGAUGAAAAGGUAGCUGAAGCUGCACUGCAAAUUUUCAAGAACACAGGAAGCAAAAUUGAAGAGGACUUUACCCAUAUCAGAUCAGCUUUGCUUCCAGUAUUACAUCAUAAAGCUAAAAAAGGACCACCUCGUCAAGCCAAAUAUGCUAUUCAUUGUAUCCAUGCAAUAUUUUCCAGCAAAGAAACACAAUUUGCACAGAUAUUUGAGCCACUGCAUAAGAGUCUUGAUCCUAGCAACCUUGAACAUCUGAUUACACCUCUGAUUUCCAUUGGCCAUAUAGCUUUGUUGGCACCUGAUCAGUUUGCUGCCCCAUUGAAAUCUUUAGUGGCUACCUUUAUUGUUAAAGACGUGUUAAUGACUGACAGGAUGCCAGGAAAAAAGACAACUAAACUAUGGGUACCAGAUGAAGAAGUUUCUCCUGAGACUCUUGUAAAGAUACAGGCCAUCAAGAUGAUGGUCCGGUGGUUGUUGGGAAUGAAGAAUAAUCACAGUAAAUCAGGAACCUCUACCCUGAGGCUGUUGACAACAAUAUUACACAGUGAUGGAGACCUGACAGAGCAAGGAAAAAUUAGCAAACCUGAUAUGUCUCGUCUGAGGCUAGCUGGUGCUAGUGCUAUUGUGAAGCUGGCACAGGAGCCUUGUUAUCAUGAAAUCAUCACAUUAGAACAGUACCAGCUGUGUGCAUUAGCCAUUAACGAUGAAUGUUACCAAGUCAGGCAAGCUUUUGCUCAGAAACUCCACAAAGGCCUGUCAAGGCUACGGUUGCCACUAGAGUAUAUGGCCAUUUGUGCAUUGUGUGCAAAAGACCCAGUAAAAGAGAGACGAGCUCAUGCAAGACAAUGCCUAGUGAAAAACAUAAAUGUGAGAAGGGAAUAUUUGAAACAGCAUGCAGCAGUUAGCGAGAAACUUUUAUCACUUUUACCGGAAUAUGUUGUUCCAUAUACUAUCCAUCUUCUGGCACAUGAUCCAGAUUAUGUCAAAGUCCAGGACAUUGAGCAGCUGAAAGACAUUAAAGAGUGUCUUUGGUUCAUAUUGGAAAUAUUGAUGUCUAAAAAUGAAAAUAAUAGUCAUGCAUUUAUCCGGAAAAUGGUAGAAAACAUUAAACAGACAAAAGAUGCUCAAGGACCCGAAGACCCAAAAAUGAAUGAAAAGCUUUAUACAGUGUGUGAUAUAGCAAUGAAUAUCAUCAUUUCAAAAAGCACAACGUAUAGUUUGGAAUCUCCCAAAGAUCCUGUACUUCCAGCUCGAUAUUUCACUCAACCUGACAAGAAUUUCAGUAAUACCAAAAACUACUUGCCACCAGAAAUGAAAUCAUUUUUCACUCCAGGAAAGCCCAAAGCAGCCAAUGUUCUUGGAGCAGUUAAUAAGCCCCUUUCAUCAGCAGGCAAACAGUCACAAUCCAAAUCUUCACGAAUGGAAACAGUAAGCAAUGCCAGCAGCAAUUCAAAUCCAAGCUCACCUGGAAGAAUCAAAAGCAGACUUGACAGCACUGAAUUGGAUCACAGUGAAAAUGAAGACUAUACAAUGGCUUCACCUUUACCAGCAAAGAAAAAUGAUAAGAGAGAUGACUCUGAUAUUUCAGAACUGGAAAAGCCCAGAAGUAGGAAGAAAAUAAUUACAGAUCCAGAAGAUAAGUUGGGUAUGGAUGACCUGAGUAAACUAGGACAAGAAUCAAAACUUAGAAGCGGUCAGCGAGGGAGAAAGAGGGCAGCAGUUAUUUCAGAGUCAGAGGAGCCUCAGUGGCCUGAGGAAAAGAGACUAAAGGAAGAUGUCCUGGAAAGUGAAGAUGAACAGAACAGUCCACCAAAGAAGGGAAGGAGAGGGCGGCCUCCCAAGGCAGCUGCUGGAGCCACACAAAAGGAAGAAUCAGCGGCAAAGACACCCAAAAGAGGUAGAAAGAAAGCCACGCCAGUAAAACCUGUAGAGGAAGAAGAGGAGGAAGGAGAGGAGGAAGGAGAGGAAGAAGAAAGACAAAUGGAUAUCAUAGAGCAGAAGUCAAAAAUUCGACAAUAUAAGACACCAAGGAAAGCACAACAGAGGUCUGAAUCAUCUGAAAUAAGUGCAGCUGAAUCCAACCAGUCUACACCACAGAAAAAACGAGGAAGACCACCAAAGACACCACCCUCACAGCAGAAAAAAGGAAGGGGUGGACGGACAAAGCAAACAGCAACUAAAGAAAAUGAAUCUGGUGAAGAAAUGGAAGCAUUUCAGAGUAAUUCUCCCAUUCAAGAUAUUUCCCAGGAAGUAACAAUGGAGGAAGAGGAAGUUUCCACAGUCAAAGCACGCCGAAGGACAUCCAAGAGGGAAAGACGGUGAACAAGCUGUUGCCAGCCUUUUAAAGUGAAGUCUUUGAAGAUUUUUCUUUAUUAUUUCAGACUGAAGAAAGCUGUUCAUGCUCACAACUGGGGUUUCUGGUGAAAGCUAGGCCAGUUUUGCCCGCCCCUGCGUUUGGAAACCCAGGCCACAAGCAUAAGCCACACACAUGAAUAUCAUUGACCAUGGAUUUUUGUGAAGUGUAAUGUGCGCUGGCUAUAUAGACUCAUGAAUGAAAGAAACUGCCUGUAAAUAAUCCUUUUUUAAAAGAAAAAGUUUCUGACUUCUAAAGUGCUUGUAUAGCUUUUACUGCAGCUUUAAACCUGACAGUACCAAGCUGUCUGUUAGAUCUAUUGAUUUCAGAAGAGGAGGAAAAAGUAGAAUGGAUAUCAAGCAAUAUCUGUCGGCGUCUGUAUUUUUAUUUUUCUUGGCAUUUAACUGUGAAAAAAAAUCACCUUGACAAAAUAGUGAUACUUCUGACAGUAUUUGUUAGAAAGUAACAGAAAAGACUGUGGGCUCUUUUAUGUAUCUAAUCCAGUGUUUACUGUUGGCCCUUGCCUGUCUUUGGAGGUGCCAGACAGCAUUUGAAGCAAUGCGGGAUAAAGUAAUACAGCUAAAUGCAGAUUUGUGAAAGAACAUGAAUUUUACACACCUCAGUAUUGAUACCAGAUUCUUCUGGGCCUCUUGUGACAUUGAGCAUUUAAAAAAAAAUAAUAACAGUUUGAUUUUAAAAUUGUUUUAUUAAAUAAUGUAAUGAACACCUAUCAUUUUAUUUUCCUUAAUAGUUUUUUUGUUAAUCUGCUGUAUCAAUAAAAUUCUGCAACUGAAUUUUUAUUAGUCUAGUAUCUCAGUGUGCAUAUUCCCUCCCGAACAUUAUGUUCACAAAGAGCAAAUUGUUGCAUUAUAAUAAGAAACCUGAUAUCUGAACGUUAGUGAAAAUGCAGGUUUUAUUGCUAUGUAAAGUUAAUCGCAAAGAAAAUUUUAUUGAUGCAGUCUGUCUUUAUAAAAGCUGUUCCUUCUCCAGAGCCAAGUGUUUUGUAUUUCACAGUGAGUUGCAUGUCUAUGAAACAAAAAUGUAAUGAAACUGCAAUGUAAUUUUUAAAAGUCUUAUUUGGCUGUAGGAUAUACUACAUUGCCUCUUGAGAAGAAUCUUCUACCAAGAGCUUGUUGUAUUUUCUUUUUUGUUAACGAGUUUUUUUAAAAAAAAUUUCUGUGUGGGUUUGGGCAGUUGCGGUGGGCUGAUGCUGAACAUGCUUUCAGUUGAUGAGUGGCAGAAUAUUUCAGUUGGAAUCCUCAUAAUAUUUGUGGAGCUUCACUUUAUGUCCUCCCUUGAAGUGAGUGAACUUUGUCUCUUGAGCAAAAUUUCAAAAAAAGAAAACUGGGAAACUACUUAAGGCAUUGUUCUGUAUGCAGUUUUGCAAAUCGUCUUUGAACCAAAAUGUAUAGAUCUUUAUUUAUGCUUAGCGAGGCACACUUUAUAGUUUAACUUGCUGUUUUCUUCUUGCUUGGCAAAUAGUAAAUGUUAGAGAAUCUGAUUUUAACUUAUUAAUAUUUUAUCUCAUGGAAUAAUAGAACAUUGUCAUAAAUUAACAAAGGCAUCUUUUAUGUUACAAUUUCAAGGGGGAUAUAGGCUAGGGAAGGGGCAAGGCAUUAUGGUUGUUCCUGAACAUGCUUGCGAGUAUAUUUUUCAAAGGAAAUUCAACUUUUUUCUACGCUGUUUUAUUAUAUAAUUUUUAUGUUUGUUUUUUUAAAAAUCCACAGCAGCAAUAGACAAAGCCAGGCAGUUUGUGUUGACCAAGCUGUUCUGCUUUAUGUGCUUUUUCUAGAAGCCCUGUUAGCAAAUAAUUCCAGUUCUUCAGCUGUCCUUUCUUGUUAUGCCCAUGGUUUUUGGUAACAGCUGUCUCCAAGCAUUCACUAAAGGUGGUUCAGAUGACUUUCACUUAGAAUUUCCCUCACGCCUCACAAUGUUUAACAGUGAAAAUAAGAGUUUUUAUAUCCCAGAAAAGAAAAAAAAAUAGUGUUAGUAUUCAAUUUUCUUCAUUGACAAAAUUGCACUGACAACACUUAUGAAGUAUAUCUGUAAGACCAUUUUACACAAAAUAUCAAAAGGUACUCAAAACUGCUUGCAGACCGUUGAAGAUUUAUCUGCAUGAACAUAGUUUGGCCAUAUUUCCUUUAGUACUGCUGCAGACUAAUUGCUCCUAAAUUGUAAUAUUUAAAUGUAAUCUAUAGUUCAGCAGUUUGAACGUUUAUUUCCUGGCAAUUUGUCACUUUAGAUUUGCAAUUGGGAAAAACUGGUGCAGAUGAAAUGGGAUCAUGUUUAAAACUUAAAGGUUUUAUUCUCCUGCAAGUAUAAUAGAUAUCUUAUGUACUAAUACUUUCAGGUCUGCAUACAGUAGCUGCAGUAAAAUAAUGUAUAAAGAGACAAUAUGAUAAAAUGCAGUUAGUGUGCUCUUCAAUUAUGUUCAAUUUAUAGUAUGUACUGUAUAACAUUAAACAGUCAAAUUGACCUCA